ACCCAAAACAUUUGGGGACAUAAUAUAAACUAUCCCUACCAUAUAUAUUAGUAGACAGUCACCAAAACUCACACUCACAGAACCCUAAUCGUUGCGCUACAGAUUGCCGCCGAACAACCUCCCAGUUUUGGCCACAAUGACAUUCAAGCGUAGGAAUGGAGGUCGCAACAAGCAUGGCCGUGGCCAUGUCAAAUUCAUCCGUUGCUCUAACUGCGGCAAAUGCUGCCCUAAGGAUAAGGCUAUUAAGCGUUUUCUUGUGAGGAACAUUGUUGAACAGGCUGCCGUUAGAGAUGUUCAGGAAGCUUGUGUUUAUGAUCAAUACACUCUUCCUAAGCUGUAUGUGAAGAUGCAGUACUGUGUUUCCUGUGCUAUCCACUCUCAUGUUGUGAGAGUCAGAUCUCGCACUGAUAGGAGGAAGCGUGAGCCUCCACAGCGUUUUGUUAGGCGCAGGGAUGAUGCGCCAAGGCCCGGACAGCCCGGCCAAGCUCCCCGCCCUGCUGGACCUGGAGCUGCCCCAGCCCGUGCCUAGAAGACGAUAAUCUGAAUUUUGUUUAUGUUGGAUCAGUUUUCUAUCCAGAACUUAAUUUUUUAUUCCAGUUUUGUGUAGCAACAAUAUAUUAUUGUCUAACUUUUAUGCGUUCUUUGGCAAUACUUACUUUGAUCGUUUUGAAUGAGAGUGGAACUUGAUUUUUAAUAA